AUGAGUUCUUCAAGGAUACCUUAUAGCAAGAGUCAACAAGCCCUGAGUGAAAGAGAUUCGAGUCGAGGGUACGAUAGUCGAGGAAGUUGGGUUCCAGACGAGGCAAGACUGGCCCCUGGAGAAGCGAAUAGACAGGCAUACGACGAAGGCGCACCGCAUUAUUAUACGACGAGUGAAACGACCAGUAACGCGGAGCAAUAUCAAAUCGACUGCUACACCAUCACGCAGGAAGACGAAGAAAUGGCAAAACAAGUCCUCUUUUAUGGCAAAGAACAUCAACUUUGGGAAGCCAUCACCUACUCCGAGAUCAAAUUCUUAACAGACGACGCCUUUGACGAGGAUAACCGAAAGCAAGCUGCAUACUUCGCCUCCCUGUUUCGCGGCACCGCAUUGCGCUGGUUAGCAGACGAACGACAACGAGAUCCAACCAUUCUGAACAACUACGAGAAACUCAAGGCGAUGGCUCAUCCGAUUUGUGGUAUGUUAAAACAUUUCUAUGAGAGAACACGUUGUCCUGGAACUUAUGGGAAGCUAAAGGGACCGGAGAGAGUCCAACAACUAAAAUUGGAAGCCGAUGCACUUGCUGAGCUAAAGGCAGCUGCCCCAUACAAGUUUAAGGAGAUUAAAGGCGGGACAUCGACUGCUGAAUUCACAGAGGUGAAAGAAGUUAGCAAUAUGACCAUGACAAGUAUGAUCAAAGGAGAUGAUCUGGCGAGCAAGGAGGAGCUGGAACCCCCAUCAAAAGCACAACAGCGAACCGGAACUGUAACGACUCCAAAGCGGACACAGGAAACGACCGGAAGCGACGCAGCCAUGACAGGCUCGCCUUUUCUGGCACUACGACCAAAUCUCACCCGAAGACUGUCUGAAGCUGACAAAUCUCGCCUGACAAUGGACGGCAGAAGUGUUUGGGCGACUGUUGACCGCAAGUGCAAGGCUCGAGCGAACGUCUUUCGAUCCUUCUUCGAAUUCCUUUGGGAGAAUUCAGGUAAAGGGUGUGUCAAGAUUAUAGCGUCAGCAACGUCAUACUACGCACUCAUCUAUGAUACACAGCAGCACCAAGACAGAUCUUUGGAAAAACUGCAAAAGAAGACGUUUGAGUGCAACAGCACAGAAAUUCCCACAUCAUACGCCAAAUUUGGGGAUGUAGGUGAAAAUGGGCCGCAUGCCUGGGUUGUGGCCGUUGGACCUACCCAUACUGCUGUGGAUAUCCAGGCUGGACUCAAUAAGAAGUUCAAGGAGCGCGGCCCAGUUAUCCCUGCAUACGUGAUUCGAGAGGUUCUCGCCGGCAAAAUUUCAACAGCAACAUUUGUCAUCAUCUUUCCAACGCCAACUCAAAGUCUCGGCAGAUCCAUCAACGUUGGACCUACCCAAGACAGAUGCAACAUCAAAAAGGAGGGUGCCAGAUAUUCUUAUCACCCAGAAACCAAAGACCUCGAACAACGCCAGAAACAAAACCGCCAAGAAGUCUAA